CCUUGGAGUCUUGCGGUAAAUUUGAAAAAGAUUUUCAAAAAAUGGCCAACGUCGAACAUUGUUUUGAUAAAAUGACAACAAACCCAGCAUCAGCGAAACAAUCUGAUCCCGUAAAGGACUCUGAUGACUCUACGAAGACCCUUAAAGAAUGUUUCAAUCAAAUGAAUACGUGUAAAAGCGAUUAUUUUCCUCCUAAGGUUGCGUAUAUUUUCAGUGAUUCUCUGCUGCAAUGGUCGAACUUCGGUUUGAAAGUCCGACAAAGAGGUAAACUAGUUCAUGGUCUGAUUGAAGCAUAUGGAUUAACAAAACAUAUGAGGAUUGUUUCUCCCAAGAAAGCCACGUUUGAUGAAAUGGCCGAAUUUCACUGUCGGAAUUACCUGCAGUUUCUGGAGUCUAUCAAUAAGUUCGAUGACGAAGAGAAAUACAGUGAAGAAGCUGAACAAUUUGGACUAAGUUAUGACUGUCCCACCGAGAAGGGUGUCUUCAACUACGUGAGCCACAUCGCUGGUAGUACCAUUGAAGCGGCCCGCUGUCUUGUGGAUAAAGAAAAUCCUUGCCAAAUAGCAAUCAACUGGUUUGGAGGUUGGCAUCAUGCUCACAGAGAUUCUGCAUCAGGAUUUUGCUACGUCAACGACUGUGUUCUGGGAAUUCUGGAAUUAAGGAAAACCUUCACUCGCGUCCUCUAUGUAGAUCUCGAUUUGCAUCAUGGAGAUGGUGUUGAAGAAGCUUUUGCAGUCACAUCAAAAGUGUUUACAGUGUCUUUUCAUAAACUGUUGCCUGGGUUCUUUCCUGGAACUGGCAGCAUAGACGACGUAGGUUUUGGUAAAGGAAUUCAUCAUUGUGUCAAUGUUCCGUUGAUGGAUGGAAUAAAAGACGUAGAAUUUGUGGCCUUGUUUAAAAGGAUAAUGUCUGAAGUGAUAGAUGUUUUUGCACCGGAAGCUAUUGUCUGCCAAUGUGGAGCUGACGGAAUUGCUGGGGAUCCAAUGAACUCCUUCAACCUAACCCCACAGAGUUUGACGAGCUGUGUACGUUAUUUCACCACGCUUAAAGUUCCUUUGUUGCUUCUGGGCGGAGGAGGUUAUAAUUUUUGUAAUACAUCAAAGACCUGGACUUUGAUUACUGCUGCAGUAAUUGGCAAGAAGCUGUCUCCAAACAUACCAGAUCACAAGUAUUACAUUACUUAUGGACCGAGUUAUGAACUGACUGUGGAUCCGGGAAACAGAAAAGACUUGAAUUCUUAUGAAAACAUCAGAAGCAUCUAUAAGAAAGUUCUUGAGAACCUGAGUCAGCUGAGGGCGAAAUAGAACAUUGGUCUCUUAAAAGGAAGGAGAUAAAAGAACCUUUUGUGGCUGCCUUUAUGUUUUCACUGCAGGAGUUUGUUAAUCACAGAAGCAUGUUGAAAUAAGUGUUUUGGUGGGGUGGGGUAAGGGGAGGGGAAAAAGAAAAAAAAAUACUGUUAUUGCUUGAUUCACUUUUGUGUUUUUCACCUGGUGAUUCUCAUUGAAAUAUCGUUAGAUGUGUGACUUACUAUAUAUAUUGCAUUUAAGUAUGGAAUGUGCAGGUGUAAUGUAUGAAUUUUAUGUUUGUUUGGAUGACGAUGAUGAUGAUGGUGUGUGUGUGUAUUAUGUAUAUCAUCAUUAUUAUUUAACAUCCAAGCUUGUAUGGUGGGACACACGAAAUUUGUUGGGACAGCUCUGUUUGCUGUCAGAUGCUGUUGCUCUCUUUUUCUGCCCAUAUAUACCGUAUCUGCUUGUUGAUAGGUUGCACCCUUAGUUUGAGAUUGUCAGAGUUGGUAUUUGCAGUUGGUAUAUAUGUGUGUGU